AUGAACGACACGCACAUGCAGCAGUACUAUAUGGACAAAAUUAAGAAGAACAUAAGUCAAAUAAAAAAGUCGAAGAACAUAAGUUUGCCACAAAAUGUACACGAGGGUAAUUUCAGCAUAAGUGAGAACUACCCUACAAAUCGUAUCGAUGGACAGAAGCAUAAAUCUAACGAUACGAAGGACAUACUUUUUAGCAGGAAUAGGGAUCAGGUCAGAAUUGGUUAUGAUAACGAUUUGAGGAAGAAGAAGGAGAUACCCUGGGAAAAACCGCCAAUUCACACUAAGUACAACGUCAGGGGAAAUACCAAUUUUUAUGAAAAUUAUGUCACUGAUUACAAUAAUGAGCUGCCCACAAAUGACCACCUAUACCAGUCUCAUGGAUCUAGUAAUGGACAAAACCGCUAUGUCCGUGAAAAUGUUAUAUGGGAUGAAAAAUUAAAACAAUACAAGACUAAGGUUACUUCGCCUAGUUUUCUGUACACCUCAGAUAACAUUGCGGUGGAAAAAGGAAGUGACAUCCAUGGCGGGAUAAUCGACACACACUGUUUUUAUAACUCCUGUGUGAACAAUGCGAAGCUUAUAAGACAACGAGAAGGUAAAAAAGUGGCGAGUAAUGUCAGUGCACCUUGUGGGAUAUCAGAACCUAAUUACAAAGAAAAACUGCAUAUAGUUAGUAACUCCUUGUGUAGGAACAAAAAUGAUGUUAAUGGAUUUUUCGAUGAAAACAUAUGCAACACUGGGGGCAUUUCUUUUUCGAACUGUGUGAGAAAUGUUAGCAGUACGUCCUGUUAUGAGAGAAGAGGGAGCUCAAAAAGUGGGAUCGUACAAAGGGGUUACGACUCGUAUGGAUAUCCCCAUCCCAGUGGGCAUAUACUCCACACCAAGUGUUCUAAUCAUACGUUAGGGGGAAAUAACAGAAACUACACGGGGAAUCUGCCCAACAAUGUUAUCAUGAAUAUGGACCAUUCCAGGCACAGUUCUGCUCGUAGAGGUAUUUUCCGAGAAGCUUCCCUAGGAAGCUGUACACGAAGAGACGCAAUGGAUAGAGGAAUCUUAAAAGGUGGUGAAUUAAAAACUGCUGUGUGCUGCUUAGGGGGAAUUAGUAAUUCUGAUAAGAGGAAGCAGUCCACAUUACCAAACAAUGGGGAAUCGCUAAAAAGUGUUGUGGAUUCUCAGGGGGGUAAAAUCCAUUUCGGCAUCCCACGAUAUGAAGGUGUAGUAAAGGAAAGGUUCAAAAAUCCCAUUGGGGUUAUGUAUAAAGAACCCACGGAUAGAAGCGACGUUUUAAGACAUAAAAAAGUUUCAAACCAUAGUAGCGGUGAUAAUGGUGGCAAUGUUCACGGGGUGAAUUUGCACCAGUGUUUAGGUGGAUGCUUUGCAAACAAGGAACGGCCAUUUCUGUCAAACAAGAAAAGCAUCUCGUCGACGCGGCUUCAAGAACCGCACGUGUUCUACCAUAAGAAGGUUAGUUCUCUGAAUGCGAACGCGGGGGUUAGAAAUAAUCAAUGGGGGGGGUGUAGGAAGGAGAGUGCCAUAGCGCUGAAUGGGUUGUGCUGGGGCACGCUAGGAGAGACUCCACAAAAAGGAGCGUCAAAAAAUGGGGGACCACAAAGAGGAGCGUCACAAAAUGGGGGACCACAAAAAGGAGCGUCACAAAAUGGGGGAUUACAAAAAGGAGCGUCACACAAUGGAGACUCCCAAAACAACGUGCUAGAGAAUAAUCUAUAUUUUAUCAGCUCCUUUCGCGCAGUCGACCAAGGCGAAAAGGGCGGGGGGAAUCGGAAAUCUAUCGAGCAAAAGGACAAGCACAAAAUGUACAGCCAAGAAGGGAAGAGGAGCUGCCUUAAUUUCCCACUGCAAGGGAUAAGCAUCUGUAAGUCAAAAAGGGGGUAUAGCCAAAAUGAUCCCUACGAAGGAGGAAAAGUAGAAAAGCAUAAAUUAGACAUUGUCCAAAGUGCGCCUAAGCAGAAGGCCAUUUCGCAUCUACAAAAGGGAAGGGGUCGAUUCGAAGGGGCGAAGUCGAAUUUGGCCCCUAUGAGUAGGAAUAUUCUCAAAGGGGGCGAUUCUGUGGAUGAUACUUCUUUCUCUACUUUGGGAAAAAAUUACGGAAGUGAGAAAAGGUUAAAUAUGAAAGUAAUGGAUAACUCUCCCUCUUCCCGUCUUAACUGUAUUAAUAAAACCGACCUCAUGUUGAGAGAGACAAAAUACGGACAGGAAGCGAAUCACAGUACGGUCUUUUACAAAGAGUCGAAUGCAAAAGGGGUAGAAAAGGUGUGCAACCUGGAGGGGGAGAUAAAGAGUGCCCCCUUGGUGGAAGAGACGAAUAAAGGCGAGCUGCCCCUGAACCCCCCAGCCAGAGAGGUACACAUGGAAGGGGUGCAAAUUUUAGAAGGAACAUGUACAGACUAUGAAGAAGGGUACGGUAGAAUAAAUAAAAAAAACACGUAUGAUGAAAAAGUGACAAAUGAGCAGGACACCCUGUUGGAGAAUUUUAAAUAUGACGAAGAAGCUCAUGUUGAAGAGAACCACGAAGGGACGGAUGAAGGAAGUAACUUCAACUACAUCGAGGAUGAUAGUAUAAGCAGGGAGGAGAAGAAAAAACUGGAAAAGAAACUGCACUCGUACUUUAGAAAGGAAGGGUUCUUAAGGCCAUCCUCUAAUUCGCUCCCCCACGAUUCGGAAAAGGGCGAAAGGGGCCAAACGGGAGAAAGGGACCAACCGGGCGAGAGGGACCAACCGGGCGAGAGGGACCAAACGGGCGAAAGGGGCCAAACGGGCGAAAGGGGACAAACGGACGAAAACGACUUGACCCCCUUCCUCAAAGGGGUGAGGAACAACUCGGCCGUCCACUCCAGCAACAGAAAGUCCUCCAUCACGGAGUAUUCCCAAAUGGAGAAUUACGAUAUAUCCUCCAGUAGCGUUGACAUAUUUGACGACAAGGAGAUAAAAGAAGUUUUCGAGGAAGUAACCAUAAAUAGGAGUAUAAAAAGUAGCUUUUGCGUCAGUAGGGAUGAGUAUGAGGGUCCGCGGAAGGAGAGCAUGGAUCUAGGAGGAGAUUACCUAGAGGGGGAGAUACACGAUUCUGCCAGUGCUAAGGGGAAGAGAAGGAAAAAAAGAGGAAAAAAAAGCCUCCCCAGUUUAGAAUACCUAUUUUUUAAAAAGAAAAAUGUAUUAUUUAUGGAAUUGUUACGAAGCAUGAAGGAGAAAGGGGAACAAAGAAAAAAAGGGAACAACAAGGAGGAUGAGUUAGAAAGUAAACUAAAUCGGGUAAUGCUACCCACCUCUGAAAAGGAGAGAAAUUUAAUAGAUAAAAUAAUUUACUGUCUAGACCCAUCAUAUGUGAACGACACGGUGGAUGAAGCAGAUAAAUGGAGGCAGAAGCUGACCUACAUGCGUGAUAAGUUCCUUGAAUGCAUAUUAUGUGUGUCUUAUCCAACCCACCUGUGGAAUGAAGAAAUGUUUGAGGAUUAUUUGAAGUCCCUAAAUUUGAAUGCAUUAUUUGACGAUACGUUCAUAAAGUACGAGAGUGACCUACACAUUGAUUUAUUUCAACCUGAGGAGGAACUAUUUUCGGACGUGGGAAAUAUUGGAGAGGGGGGAUUCGGGGUGGUAACAAAAAUGAGGUUCUUAGAGAAUCCCCAAUAUUAUGCAAUAAAAAAAAUAUCAAAGGAACACAUUAUAAAAUCUCAAGCAGCUGGACAAGCCUACUUAGAGGCAAAGUACCACUCUGUUUUGAGUCACGUAAAUAUAAUAAAAAUGUAUGGAUGCAUGCAGGACAAUGAUUUCAUUUACCACGUGUUGGAAUUCUGUGCCAAGGGAAGUAUCUACUCCAUAUCGAAAAACUUUAAGAGAAGAAUCAUCCCUGAUGAGUUGGCUUAUAAAUAUUUUUGUCACGUAGUGAAUGGAUUGUAUUACUUAAAUCAGAUGGGGAUUUUUCAUCGAGACAUAAAAAUGGAGAAUGUCUUGGUGGAUCACAUGGACAAUGCAAAACUGUCCGACUUUGGUCUUUCCGCUAUGAUUUUAGGAACGAAAAGUCAUUCUGCUUUGUGUGGAACUUUGGUUUACUUCUCUCCAGAAAUUACAAGUGGGUCUGGCUAUGACUGGAGAUCUGACAUUUGGUCCUUGGGAGUUUUGCUGUACGAAAUGUUAGUUGGGGAUGUCCCAUUUGAUGGUACCAAAACGCAGAUAAUAAAUUCCAUCUUUUCUUGUAAUUUAAAGUUUCCCGACUUUGUGAACCCAUUAGCAAUUAAUUUGAUAAAGAAAGCGUUGGUGGUAGAUGUGAAUAAGCGCAUCAAGCUGUGUGAUAUAUCGUCUGACCCUUGGAUGCAGGAAAUGUGGAAAUUGUCCUUUCAGAAAGGGCUGGCAGGGAAUACCCACUCGUGUUACAGCAGGAAGGAUGACAGUGGUGAUUUUAACUUUAUAGGUUCUUUGAUAAAGACUCAGUGCUUCUUAAAAAGCAGUCUCAACGCAUCGCUAAGUUACCCCAACAUUAGAGGGGGCAGGGUAGAGGAGGAGCAGAAGGAGCAGAAGGAGCAGAAGAAGAAGCAGGAGGAGGGGGGGGAGGAGCGGAAGAAGUUGAACCAGGAUGUCCCCACCGGGCGGGAGUGCAAGCAGGAGAAUGAUAACGUGGAUGCACUCAUCUUAGAGACUCAACAAAAAUUAGCAGAAUAUUUAAAAGUCGAAAAAUUUUACAUGAACGAAGAAAAUGUUUCCAGUUCCGAUGGCAUGAGCUCUCACCAAUCGGAGGCGUCCUUCUCCGAAUUCAGCGACUCUUCUAGGGGUACUAAGCAGGACGUGGUGGUGGGAAGAGCAGAAGGGAGUGCUAGCCAUGUAGGGAAAUCUCCCCAGGGCGAUCGAUCUGCUGCGCGCGAAGUGGGAUCACAGAACGACCUUUCUGGGACUCUCCAAGAGGGAAGUGGGACCAGCUUCCUAUCGGGAGCCCCUAAUGAGGAUCUAUCCGUGAACAGUAAACGUGAUUGCAGCAGUGAGUCUAUCCCCUUGGAGUGGAUCACUCCGGGGAGAAUCUACCCCAAGCCGAAGAGCAGUUCGUACGGAUCCAUUAUGGAGAACGGCGGCAGUAGUAACGAUGAUCCAUGUUUGAAUAGGCUGAACUGGAAGACCCAAUCCGAUCAAUCCAACGUAACAGAGGAGGCCGAACUGGUUUAUUCUUCAGAGAGUUUAGGCUCCACUACGAAUCAGUGUGACGAUGUGUCUAGUGCGCCUUGUAUUGAGAAGAGGCGCAGCGAGGGAGAACCGGAAAGGGACUCCUUCGAAGAGGGAGUAACACCGAAGGAGACGGAUGACACUUUGUCUGAGAAUACAAUUCCGGAUUGUCCUUACGAUAAUGGCAAUUUGUAUGAUAACAGUUCCAUCUCAAAUAUGCCCCCCUUUUCUAACAGUUCACAAAGGAAUGAUAAAUUAUCUUCAGAGGUGGAAGAAAUAGUUCCUGAUGAGGUUGAUAUUGAAUCCCUUGAAAAGUUAAUACGAAGGAGAGUAGACAAUGGAAAAGAGUGUCCAAGGGGAGUGCUUCCAAUUUAUAGGGGUAAGUAUACGAAGGGGGAGAGUAGUCCUGUGGAGAAAAAUUUCAUCCGUAUUGGACAGGGAGAAGUGAGAAAGGCUCUCCUUGACGGUGGAAAAAAGAAGGGACGGGGUGAAAGCAAAAAGGGGGAAGAGAACCCAUCCACGCGUAGAAGCAUUCAGGCGAGCCCAAAAUGGGAGAGAGUUGGCGAAGUGGGAAAGCAGCCUGCAGGGGAAAAACCGCGCGAAGGGGAAAAACUGCGUAAAGAGGGAAAGAAGCUCGAAGGGGGAAAACUUCUCCAAGUGAACGAAACGCACAUUCCAAUUUGCGUAAUCAAAGAAAGGGCGACAGAAUCAUCAGGAGAAAGUAACGGGACCAAAAUAAAUCUACACGUGAAGGAUACCCUCGUGGAGAGUAGCAGCAAGUCCCUCGUAAGAGCUAAACAUUUAAGAGUUGACGGGGAAGAACCACACGUUGGAAAGACUCCGAGUGUAGAGUUAUCGGAUGACAAAAUCGAAUAUGCGAAGGGGUCUAGAAUUGAAAAAGGGGAAGACAAGAAUUCAAAAAAAAAAACGAAUAAGCUAUGUGAAGACACACCAAAGGGUGAACUAGCCAAAAAAGGGACAACCAAAUUUAAGAGUAUUUUGGAAAAAAAAAAAAGUUUUGAAGCAAAAAAAAGGGAAGAUAUACUAAUUAACAAGAAGGAGGAAAAAAUUUUAGAAAAAACAGCCACAGGUAAAUUAUACAAAAAGGAUCCUUUCUCUAAACGAAGUGGAUCUACCCACGGAAAGAAGAACCCUCUUGCCAAGGGAAAGGACAAAACGGAUGACAAGAAACGACUCGAGAAGGAAAUCAGACGAUCCCGUAGCCACAUAUGUGAUUUAGAUGGAACUAGCCUGUACGACAAGUAUAUAGAAAAAAUAAACAAAUUAUAUCUAAGUAUAAAAAGUAAAAAGUACCUUAAUAAUGGUGAAAGUAGCAAGAGUCCAUUCACUGAGGAGGACAAAGCAUCAGCUGCGACGGAUACUCUACAGGAGGAACAGAAACAAGGGGACAUCCAAAAUGAAGAAUCGAUGAAGGCUAAUUAUGUACAUGAUAACAACAGUUCUGGCGAAAUGGAGGAAGGCUCCUCCACACUGGUGAAGAGAAAGCACAGAAAUGUAGCCACAGCCAUUCAGCGGGAUGAGCAAAAGGAGGAAAGGAUGGAAGACAAACCACUUAAGAUGAGGCCUUUCCAUUUGAGCAUGGGUAGUUAUCCUGUCGAGACGGGAAGUACCAAACUGACGGAGAGUGGACAAAUGGGGAGCAGAAGGAAUGUACUGAAGGCAGAAAAAACUGCUUAUCCGAGGGAGCAUGGAGGAGGAGGAGAAGAAAGGCUGCUAGAUGAAAAAUCGUUAGAUGAUAAGUUGGCCAAUAUAGAGAAGGAGGUGUCGGUGGUGGAGACGAGCAAGGAAAAGUAUCGCUCUUCGUACAAGUGCAGGAAGGAGAAAUCGUUUCUCGAACUGAAGAAAGAAAUUAUCAAUGACAACGUUCCUAUCGCCAGGGGAAGAGUGACCCCCGAUUUUUUCGCCCCGGAGGAGAACGCCUUUAAUUCGAGCGGCACAGAUGGGGAAGAAAAAAGCAGCAGCGUUGGCGGUGCGAGCGGUCUUAGCGGUGAGGGCAGUGCCCGUGGUGCCGCGCAGCAGGAGGAAGAGGAGAAGGAGAAGAAGAAGCCCACUUGGUAUUACGAAAGGCAAAAUGCAUUCAGCUCCUCUAAUUCGGAUUACGCAAGUGAUAAAUGCUUUUACAGACGGUACAAGCAGAACAGGACAAUACAUUUGGACACCUCCCAGUUGGUGAAAAGGAAAGAAGAGAUUUUUAAUGUGGUCCACGGUGGCACCAUGGGUGCAUGCGCGGAUGAGCAAGGGGUCGAGAGCACAUCGGAUGCAGAGUUUGCACAGUCCGCAGAGUUUGCCCAGUAUGCCGAGUUUGCACAGCACGCCGAGUUUUCAGGGAAGGCACACCAUGCAGAGCGCGGUGAACCGGGCAAAGUCAUUACGCACCCAGACGGGGAAACAAAGUAUGUGCUUAACCAUAAUGGGAAAUACCAGCGGGCGAAGAGUACGAGCAGAGCAGUGCAGAAAGGGAAAGCGCAAACUGGAGAACGAGAACCGACUAGACAGCUUUCCUUUAACAACAAAGUGACCUUUAUGGCUCUGCAUAAUGAUGGCUCAGUUGGGAAGUCGUUCAGCGUGUACGAGUGCAGUGAAGAGGAGAAGGAGAAAAAGAAGAAAGAGAGGGAGAAGGAGAAGGGGGAGAGGGCCACUCAGGGUGGAGCCAAUAUCCUAGGCUCGCAAAAAAAAGGGACAAAGGAAAUAUCCAACCUGGAGUUAAUAUCAAAGAUUCGACAGAAAAAUAAAAUCAACCUGUUGGAUAAGGUGAAAAAGGAGAAGUGUGCCUCUAAUUUAGGAAAAAGGAGAGUUGAGAGAAUGGCUAGUUCGGGAAGCAUGAACAGGAGUUUAUCAGAGGUAGCCGUUAGCUCCGAAUCAGUUGGCAAAAGUACCUACACUGGACGUAGUGAUCUGCUUAAGAAAGGUUCUUCCAAAAUGGCCAAGAUGAGGGAUAUAUCCCAGAACUCCAAAAUGAGCGGCAACCGGGCGCAUAGUAAGAACGGAGUUCCACAGCCAAGCAGGAGAAGCAAUUCGAUAAAAAAUAAUUCAAUAGCGAAGCAGCACUCGUUGGAAAAGGAAGUUAUGCAGAAAACAAACAAGGGGGUCAGGCCUACGGGAACACCCGCAAAGCGUGCAGAAGGAAAAAGUGCGAGUAGUAUGACAAGCGGUGCGAACAAGUUAGACAGUACAAAUAGUAUCACUUCCAAAUGUGGAGAGAAUAAAAAGAACAUAACUGAUGUUGCAAGUAAGAGACUGAACAGCAGUAGCACUGUGUUGAGCAAAUCUAGGGAUGAUGUAGACUCCAGUGUAGAAAAGAGGAGAAAGCCAUAUGAUGAUAAAACGGAAAGGAGGACCAACAAAGGAGUAUCUCCACAGAGAAGUGUAAGAAAUCCUUGCUUGAAGGAGAUGACGGUAGAUAAGGGCGAAGGAAUGGCUAGCUCUUAUUUGAAAAAAGGAGGGAACAGUAGUAGGAGGAAUGGGUCAGAAAAUUUGUUCUCCGAGAAGAAGGCUAAAUCGAAGGAGGUAAUACCAAACGGGUUCGUUCAAAAUGAGAAGAAGAGUAGAACCCAAGAGGGGAGCACCACCCUAACGAAUGAAGACGCGUCUGAUGUGGCGGCAACCAAUUCGGUGGGAACGACAGAAGAGCAAGUUAGUCUCACCAUGGACAGGGCAAAAAACGGUGCUCCUUACUCCAUGCAGAAUGGUAAAAAAAUGAUGUUAGGAAAUAAUUUAAAAAACGCAAAGGUAAGGCAGUAUCUGAAGAGCAAAAUAGAAAAGGUUAAGAAGGAGAACGAGUACGCGUCACCGAUGGGGGCGAAAAGGGAGGACAGCCUCAGCCGCAGAGAGGAAGGCCGCAGAGAGGAAGUCCGCAUAGAGGAAAGCCACAGACAGGAGACCGUCUCCCAUUUCCCCUCUAAUCAGCAUGAUUCCCGUGAGGGGUGCACAAAUUGGAGUACCAGUGAGGGAAAGAAAAUCUCAUUCUGCACAACUAAUGAGGUCAGGAGGUCCAUAAGUGACAUUCCCUUCAACUGCUGCGUCAAGCGUUAUUUUCAGAGCGAGUCAAAUGGGGAGAUAAAAACAGGGAAAAGUGCACCUAAGGGGAGUAGUCCAAAUAGCCAGUGCAACGAGGAUCCAACGUGGAAAAUUACUAACCUAUGUCAAAGCAAGAAAGAAAGUGGAUACUCUCGAUGUAGAAGCGAAGCAGUAGGGAAAUACAGCUGGACGAAGACUGGCUUAGAUGGUGAGCAUCUGCACAUCGAUAGGGUUAGAAGCGAGAGAACUAAGGGAGAAACCGAAAAGGAGGAAGCAGUUCUGAGGGAUAAUAAGAAGGAAAAAAAUCUCAAAAGUGGAAUCAUGAAAGGAUCAAGUAAUGUGAGCAACAGUAGGAAUGUCCAACCCCCAAACGAUGGAGCGAAGAGGUACAAAACGAACACACAUAUUUACUCGCACAAGGAUAUUAAUCUCUCGAAGGUGAAGAGUAAGAUAGACACGAAUAUAUAUAGGAAGCCAAAAAGUGGAGCAGAAAAUGUUGACUCAAAUGACAAAAACGGUGCACAUAUGGAGUCUGAUGAAUGGGGAGAAAAAGCCAAUCGUGUGUUAAAAAAAAAAAACCAGCACAUGAGUACAUACCAUGGAUCUUCCUCUUUACCAAUGGGAGACAAGGAAAGGAAAAAAAACAGCCUGAUUGGUCAUCCCGAAUUGGGCGUAAGGAAUGUGUCCAGGAUUCAGAGACUCAAUUCGGUGAUGACAGAUGCAGCUCAUUGUUCUAACUCUAGACAUAACAGUAGCGCGAAAGAAAGGGAGCAUCCUUACCAAGAGGAUGGUGGACCAAUUAAAAGAUCAGACAGUGCAUUAAUUGACUCAGACUAUGAGGAAGAGUUGCAAAACAAGCUGCUACUCCUGAAUAAGAGGAGCCUUUGUGGGGGAAUCGAUCACCGAACACAGAAUUAUGGGAAGGAUGGAGUGAAGAGUUAUUCCAAGAAAGGAGGAAGCCACGUCAUGUAUGAGGGUGCUACAAAUAGUGGUAAGCAUAGUCAGGGUGGACACACUUUGCAGAGGGACCGAAGCUGCAAUUGGGGUGGUUCGAUCCCCACAUAUGCAUCUAGUAGUAAUGGAAAGAGUGCCAGGGAAGGGGAGUUCAUACGGAUGAAGUCCAACUGCAGGAGUGACACCCAUCGAAGUGAAGCAAAUUGUCUUAAUGGCACGGGAAUGUCAGUAUCUGGAUGGAAUAACUGCGAGGUGGUGAAAAGUCACUCCCAUGUAGAGAAAAAGGGAUCAAACUUUUUAGUAGAACCCACGAAUAGGCACUGCAUGCAGAUGGAGAAAAAUAUGAACAGGGAGAUACAGGGGAACUAUUCCGAAUCGUUCGAUGAGCACGACAUGGAUGUUAUAGAAGGACACAUCAUGGAAAACACUUCUUUUAACAAAUUAGCUUCUUCAAUAAUUUUCAGCUCAGAUGCGGAAGAACGUGUGGAAGAUAGCUGUGUUGGAAAGAGAAAAUGGGUACUCCCCCCAAAAGGUGUAGUCACUACGAAGGAAUCACAGCAGGUGUGGUGUACUCCCCAUGGUAGAAGUGCGUCCAGAGUGGGAGACAAUUACCUAACGAAGGAGCCUUUUAAGCGAAAUGUCAGCUGCGGACAUUGGCCCAUCAUGCAGUGUGUAAAUGUUGCACGGACAGAUGUAGGAGAAUCUACCGAAGUAGCAGAUGUGGAUAGAACUCUGCUUUGUGGGAGGAAAAGAAACGAAGUGGCUAAUUUGAAGAGAGGCAAUCCCCACAUGGAUGUUUAUAUGAAGGGUCAACAUAGAAGCAAUAGUAGGGAUGCUACAAAAGGGAGUCAACCUGUGAACGUAUCAAAGGUGCAGAAAAGUGCACAGGUGGGUGUUACUAACAGGUUCGAUUCAGGUAAUCCUUUUCUGUCGCGUCCGUCCACCCCAACUUCUUUACAUAAAAGGGGGGAACAAAUAGGAAGGAGUGAGCAGCAAGUGAAUGGAGUAGUAAUGAACAAAAAUAGAAAUAUCGUAUAUGGGAGAAAACCCUCAUUAGCACAACAGGGUAGCAUUAAGGAGAGCAUAUCCAAUUGUGGUUCUGCAAAAUUGUGCAACUCAAGUGAUAAAAGGAGCUUAACUCCCCAAAUGGGUUCUACUAGGAUCGAAAGUAGUGCUAACUGCUUUACUAACAAAGUUGUGGUAGAUGAGGACCAGAGCGGGUGGUACACUGCAAACUGUGACAAAGGGGGAUUUUUUACAAAGUCUAAUAAUACGGGCACGACGAGCAGAGAUGGUUUACUCGCCAAAUCGGCUUCCAAUUGUGUCCACAUGGAUGCCAUGAGAAGAAAUAAUAGUGCACAGGUGCUGCCAUCUUGUGCAGUAAAUCUGGUCGAUAACAAUUCCUCGGGAUGUUUCCUCUACAACGGAUAUUUUCACAAAAAGGAGUUAAAAAGUGGUGGCCAUGGAGGAGGUAGUCCCCCUGUUGGUGUUAAAGGCACAUACGAACGUGUUGAAGUGAGCGAUAGGUCUAUGGAUACACGUCACCAAAGAAAUGGAAGCGCUAUGUCGAUUAAACAUAUGGGAGGUAAAACUAGUUUGGAUAAAACGACAUACCAUAGUCCGAGUAAUAAUGCCAAAGGGGCUAAUGUAGUCAUUAAGAAGGCCAAAAAGGUAAGUACUAUGGAUUAUGCAAACGUGGAUCUGAACGAAAUACAGGUGACUGUCGACGAACAUAGGAAGAACUUGUUAGCGUCCGCCACUCCGAUUGAGCCGUGCAGCCACGUGAAAGUGGUGUGA